AUGUCUAGAGUUGAAGGUGGUAAAAGGAGUGGUGAAGAGGAGAACGAUUUGUUAUUAAAAGAUGUUGAAACCAGAGGUAAAGCUCUGAGCAGAGACAAAACCUCGUCCACAAAUUCAAAAUCUUCCAAAUCCCAGUUACUUGAUCCCAAAUCCAAGCCUAAAGCUAAAGAUAACUUGCGUAAGGAUAAGAAGUCCAUAUGGAAUUGGAAGCCGUUGAAGGCUCUUUCCCUCUGUCGCAGUAAGAAGUUCAAAUGUAGUUUUUCUGUCCAAGUCCAUGUGAUUGAAGGGUUGCCUUUGAGUUUCAAUGAUUCUUGCCUUUGUGUGUAUUGGAAGUUGAAAGAUGAGCAUUUGGUGACCCCUCCAGCUAAGGUGAUUCAAGGUGUGGUUGAGUUUCAAGAGAUUUUGACACACACUUGCUUAAUCAAUGGAAGAAGGAGUGGACCCCAAAAUUCUGCUAAAUAUGAAGCUAAGCAUUUUCUGCUCUAUGCUUCUACGCCUGGUGCCCAACUUGAUUUGGGAAAGCACCGGGUGGAUCUCACAAGGUUGCUUCCGCUCACUCUGGAAGAGCUUCAAGAGGAGAAAAGGUCAGGGAUAUGGACUACAAGUUUUAGAUUAUCUGGAACCGCAAGGGGUGCAGUAAUGAAUGUCAGUUUUGGCUAUAUCAAUGUUGGUGACAAUACUAGUUCUACCAGAGACAACAAUAGUGAUCCUCUUAAUAUACUCACUCCCAAAGAAUAUUGUAUGCCUUCGAUGGAUCCUCUUAAACCUAGUCAGGUUGACAGGAGGAUUAGAUAUACUGGAAGUUUGCCAAACUUUCCCAGUAAUUAUUAUUCAUCUCAAAAUGUAGAUGAGAUGAAAGAUCUUCAUGAGGUGUUGCCAUCAUCAAAAUCAGCUCGAGCCAGCUCAGUAUACAUCUUUUAUAAGGAUUUUGUUGAAGAAAAGGGUUGUAGUCCUCUGCGUGACAAACCUGAAUCUGAGGGAAUUAAAGAAAAUAUCGACCCAAUCAAACCAGUUGUUUGUUCUUCAUCUGAUAAUGAAAAGGAAAAGGCUGAAGAGAAUCCAGUUAAUGUGGAAAAAACAUGCAGUCUAUUGCAUGACAAACCUGAAUUUGAUGUGUUUCAAGAAAACCUGGAGACAGUUACGCUGAAUGAAUAUCCUUUACCUGAUUCUGGAAUAGAAAAUUUCAAAGAAUGUGAAGGUAAUGAAUUUCAUGUUGUUGAUAAGGGCAUUGAAUUUUCAUCAGAUGAACAAGUUGAACUUGAGGAAUCUAUUGGAAAAGCUUUUGUUGAUGUCUACACAGUUGACAGUACUCGGACCCUAGACAGUGCUGGUAUGCAAGUAUCUAUUGAAGACCAUGAUAAACAGGAUUCCCUGGAUGAACUAAGCAAAAACUCUAAGGAAAGUGUUGCUGUACGUGAAUUUUCUAACGGAAAGGAUGACUUGUGGACGAAAGAACUUCUACUGCAAGAAUUAGAAUCGGCUUUAAAUAGUGUCUCUGAGUUCGAGACAGCGGCAAUGGAUUCUCCUAAAAUCAUGGAAGUAAAAUCUGAAUAUAAGUUAAGAAAGUCACAAAGCUUGGAUGAUUGUACAGAAUCAAUUGCCAGUGAGUUUUUAAGUAUGCUAGGCAUAGACCAUAGUCCAAGGGGUUUGAGUUUUGAAGGUGAGCUUGAGUCUCCAAGAGAGCUCCUUCUAAGACAAUUUGAGAAUGAAGUUCGAUCAGAGGGCUUCUCUUUGUUUGAUUUUGACACGGACAGUGAUAAUGAAGCAGAUGGUGUUUAUGAUUCGUCUUUUGAAUCUAAGCAUUUGAAGUUCUCUAGGGGUAUUAAGCCAGCAUCCUCAAUGCCAGAUCUACGUAGAGAGCAUCUAAUUGAGUUUGAGGAUUUGAGGAGCAAGCAAAAGGUCCAGAUGCUAGAAGACUUGGAAACAGAAGCCUUAAUGCGUGAAUGGGGUUUGAAUGAGAACGCUUUUCAGCAUUCUCCUACAAAAGAUUAUAAUGGCUUUGGAAGUCCAGUAUAUUUUCUACCUGAAGAAACUACUCUACCAUUACCUCCUCUGGCAGAGGGGUUUGGUCCUUUUCUUCAGACCCAGGAUGGAGGGUUUCUACGGUCAAUGAAUCCCUCGCUUUUCAGGAAUAGCAGAACUGGUGGGACAUUAAUCAUGCAGGUUUCCAACCCUGUUGUGGUGCCUGCUGAAAUGGGUUCUGGGAUAAUGGAGAUUUUGAAGUAUUUCGCUUCGGGGGGAAUUGAAAAACUUUCCAAGCAGGCAAACAAGUUAAUGCCUCUGGAAGAUAUCACAGGGAAGACAAUGCAACAAAUAUCAAGGGAAGCAAAAGCAGUCUUGAAGGGAACAAACAGGCAAUUCCAAUUGCAGCAUGAUUUGGUAACAGGACAGGAUUCUACUUGCGCGCAAAAAGGCUUGAAAGGAACACUAUCUGGUCGACUAAUGUCUAAUAAGUUCAGUUCAGAUUCAAUUGGCAACCAUGGAGGCUCAGAGUUUGUUUCAUUGGAUGAUCUGGCUCCAUUAGCUACGGAUAAAAUUCAAGCACUUUUACUGGAGGGUUUGAGAAUACAAUCUGGGAUGUCAAAUGAGGAUGCACCAUCAAACAUCAUUGUACAAUCCUAUGGGGACAUUUCAACUCUGCAAGGCAAGGGGGUUAGUAUUAGGGGGUCCCUUGGUCUGGAUGGAACUGCUGCCAUGCAAGUGUUGGAUACGAAAAACAGCAACAGUGAUGAAUAUGAUGGUGUUGAUGGCAUAAUGGGCCUAUCAUUAACUCUUGAUGAAUGGAUGAGGCUGGAUUCUGGUGAGAUUGAUGAUGAUAUAGAUAACAUCAGCGAGCAUACUUCCAAACUUCUUGCUGCCCAUCAUGCUAAUUCUUUUGACUUGAUUCGUGGGAAGAGUUCCAAGGGAGAGAUGAAAAGAGGCAGGAAAUGUGGUUUGUUGGGAAACAAAUUCACGGUAGCUCUAAUGGAUCAGCUUCGUGAUCCUCUGAGAAACAAUGAGCCGGUUGGGACACCAAUGCUUGCUCUUAUUCAAGUCGAGAGAAUGUUCAUCCCACCAAAGCAACAGAUAUGUAGGCACUUAUAUGAGGCAGGGAACAACAAUGAUGAGUGUGAAAUGGUACCCAAGGUGGAGAUGAAGGCCAACGAAGAAGAGAAAAGUUAUGAAGAGGAGGCCAUUCCUCAGUUCAAAAUUACGGAAGUACAUGUUGCAGGUCUAAAAAUUGAUCCUCGCAAAAAGAAGUUUUGGGGCACUUCAAGACGACAACAGCAACAAUCUGGUUCCCGCUGGUUGAUUGCUAAUGGAAUGGGCAAGAGCUCGAAGAAUCCACCAUUGAAGUCAACUGUUGUAUCUAAAUCUAGUUCUCCAAUCACCACCACAAACGUCCAAGAGGGUGAUACAUUGUGGAGCAUAUCAUCUCGUAUCGGUGGUACACCAACAAGAUGGAAGGAAUUUGUAGAACUAAAUCCACACAUAAGAAAUCCCAAUAUCAUUAAUACCGAAUAA